GAGGAACCACAUUUCGCGGUGAUUUGAUAUAAAGUUCGUUGGUCAAGUGCUAGACUUAAGCAUUCGGUAGUGUUCUUUGGUAAGCGCAACAGCAUCGAGCAAGAACAGAGAAGAACAAAAGUGUUUGUGCAGUGAGGGUUUGCUAAGCGUUCUGAGCGUGAAGAGGAAUAGGAAAAUGCUCAGGCUAAGUGCUGCGUGUGUAGUGCUGGUGCUCGUAGGAGUGUCACUGGCGGAACCUCCGGCGCCGGGUGGUCCCUAUCCGGAUCGUCGGAAUGGUAACGGAAACGGCGGUGGUGGUGCAGGUGGUGCCGGCGGCGGCUACCAGCAGGUCGCCAGCGGCCAGCAAACGUCCGAGGGACAGCAGGUGGACGCCCAGCUGCUCGAUAUGGUGAAGAUGUUGCUGCUGCAGCACGAGAGUGAGUCGUCCAACGGAAACGGCAACGGCGGUGGCAACGGAAACGGAGGCGCAGGCGGUUACGGAUCGUACGGCCCUCCGGCCGGUGGUGGCGGUGCUCAGGCCGGUAAGGUGACCGGAAUCGAGCUGGAAGAUCCCAAGCAGAGCAUGCAGGUGGCCGAAUUCUGGCAGGGUGGCGCCGAACAGGGCGCCCCAAGUGGUUCCUAUGGCGCUCCGGGAGCUUCGCAACCCAGCGGAUCGUACGGUGCGCCCAGCGAUUCGUACGGAGCUCCCCUAGGUAGGAAAUAAAUUAUUUAAAUUAUUUAAUUUUAACGCUAGAACAGAUAAUUCAUAAAAAAAUAAAUUUGUCACCGUAAA